GUUUACACGCCAUUCUGUCCUCACUAAUCGUAUAAACUAAGAGUUGUGUUGUGAUUAAAAUAUUAUUAUUUUUUACAAAUGUCAGGAUAGUAAUAUUUUUAUUAUUUGCUAAGUUAACUGCCCAUUGACACUUCUUAAACAUACAGAACAUGGAGUGCUUGAAGGUGCUGUUCCUCCUGUCCUCCGUCCAGUUGAGCCGGCAGUACUUGCUGCCAGAUCACGUCGCUCCCUCACACUACCAACUCAGGCUCCUGUACGACAUCGACCCCAGCACCAACUUCAGCUUCUUCGGCGUCGCUGAUAUUCAGCUAACAGUAAAAAAGAGCACUUCGAAGAUAAUUCUCCAUGCGCAAGAUUAUAUGAUAUCAGAUGACAAAGUGAAUGUCGUUGGACAGAAAGACGUUCCCAAAGUGACGGGCGUGAAACUGAAUGAUACGUACAACUUCUUAGAAAUAUCACUUGAUAAGGAUUUAGAGGAAAAUGGGAAGUACAAACUCACGAUACCCUUCUACGGCAACCUGGUCAAAGGUUUGGACGGAGCCUACAUCAGCUCCUACACGAACAGACAGACUCAAAAGACAGAAUAUUUAAUUUCCACUCAGUUUGAGGCGAUAUCAGCUCGCAAGGGUUUCCCGUGUUUCGACGAACCCAUGUACAAAGCCACCUACUCCAUCAUCAUCGGCCACAGCAAGGAGUACACGGCCGUCUCCAACAUGCCACUAGCGGCGUCCGCCUCUGAAAAUGCCCUAGAAGAUUACUGGCCGUGGGACGUAGUCGGAAAGAGGUUUAGGAAGGAGAGAUCUUCAUUUGUCUGGGAUCAGUUCGCCAAGUCUGUGCCUAUGUCUACAUAUCUGGUCGCGUUCGUGGUGUCCAAGUUCUCGCACGUGGUCAGCCCUCCGGAACUAUCGAAGACACAGUUCAGGAUAUGGGCCAGAGGAGACGCCAUCGAUCAGACCUCCUACGCGGCUAAGAUCGGUCCUCAAGUGUUGUCCUACUUUGAGAAGUGGUUCAACGUGUCGUUUCCUCUGCCGAAGCAGGACAUGAUGGCCAUACCAGACUUCUCAGCGGGGGCUAUGGAGAACUGGGGCCUCAUCACGUACAGAGAGACGGCACUCCUGUACAGCGAUAAGGAAUCGUCGUUCUUGAACAAGGAGAGGAUAGCUGAGGUGGUAGCUCAUGAGCUGGCCCAUCAGUGGUUCGGUAACCUGGUGACCAUGAAGUGGUGGUCGGACCUGUGGCUGAACGAGGGCUUCGCGACCUUCGUGUCUAGUGUGGGCGUGUCGGCCGUGGAGCCGAGCUGGCGAGCUGAUCGGUCAUACGCCGUGGAGAACACGCUCUCCGUGUUGAGUUUAGACGCCUUGGAGUCCUCUCAUCCCGUGUCAGCGCCUCUCGAUGAUCCGAAGCGCAUCUCGGAGAUCUUCGACGCGAUCUCUUACAGGAAGGGCUCCACUCUCAUCCGCAUGAUGCUGAUGUUCCUCGGAGAAGGUGUCUUCAGGCAGGCGCUGCACAACUACCUGAUGAAGUAUUCGUAUUCAAACGCCGAGCAGGAUGAUCUCUGGGCGGAGCUGACGGCAGCCAGCCUGAGGAGUGGAAGCCUCACGAGGAACAUCACCGUUAAAGAGGUGAUGGACACCUGGACCACACAGACGGGAUACCCGAUCCUCACCGUCACCAGGGACUACUCCGACAAGUCGCUCACCAUCUCACAGAAGCGUUACCUGUCUCUGGGCGUCGGUCGGACCUCCCAAGCGUGGUGGGUCCCUCUAAGCGUUCUCUGUGAGAAAGACAGAAAAAGCGAGAGCGAGAGCGUCCAGUGGUUAGGAGAUACGGAGGGAGUGACGAACGAACAUAGAUACGAACACGGCUCUGGAGCGAGCGAGUGGGUUCUGUUCAACUACAACAUGAUCGCUCCAUACAGAGUCAACUACGAUCAGAGAAAUUGGAAGCUUCUCAUACAGACUCUGACGAGUGACCAGUACACCCUCAUCCCGGUCGAAGGUCGAGUGCAGUUGCUGUCCGACGCUUUUGAGCUGGCGUGGAACAAUCAGCUCGACUAUGGAAUGACUUUACAGUUGGCGAGCUACCUCAAGAGGGAGACGGAAUACUUGCCUCUCUACACGGGGCUGUCAGCUUUAGCUAAGAUUGAGAACGUACUGAAACGAAGUUCCGAGUACGGAGCCUUCCAGAAGUUUAUCAGAAGACUCCUCAACAACGUCUACCAGAAAGGAGGUUUGGCUCUGAAGAGGAUCGUCGACGGCGACAACUUGAACAGCGUCAAGCUUCAGACGACUGUGAGCUCUUGGGCCUGCAGCGUGAAGAUCCCCGGCUGUGAGGAGAACGCUAUAGACAUGUUCAACGACUGGAUGAGGACGGACAGACCCGACGAAAACAAUCCGAUUCCCGUGGACCUCCGCCGCACUGUAUAUUGUUCGGCGAUCCGUCGUGGCGGGGUGUCGUUGUGGCGCUGGGCCCUCGCCCGCCGCCGGGCCUCCAACGUGGCGACUUCCCGGGACGCCCUGCAGCACGCCCUGGCCUGCAGCAGAGACGUCUGGGUUCUGGCGCAGUACUUGGAGUGGACGGUGUCUGACGGCAGCGAGGUGCGUCGUCAGGAUGCCGGCAACGUCAUCGCAGCCGUCACCCGGUCUGCCACCGGAUACUAUGUGGCUAAGGACUUCAUAUACGGACGAAUCCAGGAAAUUAGCAAAGCGUUCAACGGCCAGGACAGGAGAAUGGGCGGCAUCAUAAAGACCCUGUUGGGGCAGUUCACGACCAAGAAGGAACUCGAUGAGUUCUUGGAGUGGAAGAAGCUGAACGAAAAAUAUUUGUCGGCUUCAAAGAUAGCGGUCGCUCAGGGGAUAGAGAACGCUAGAGUGAACAUAGAGUGGAUCCAGAGAAACAAACGUACCGUAGUGGAUAAGAUGAGGGAGUACUCCAUGUGAGACUGACCCGAUGAUACGAUAAUGAUAUGAUACGACACGUGUCAUGAUUAACUAUAGAUUUAGACGUAGGAAAUGUGCGAGGUAAGGAAUACAAUCCACUAAAGAAAUAACAAAAGCAGCUCUUAAAUGAAACAUCCACUAAGUCCUCGUUCGUUACCUCGCGCACCUUGAUAACCGAAAGCUUAAUUUAGUUACUUGAAAGAAAUCACUAAGUACAAUGUAGAUGUCAUAGAAUAGACAGCUUGUUCUCUCGAUGUGUUACGAACUGUAUUUUAGAUGAAGUUUUUAAGUUAAUGGCCUCGCUCUGUGUAAAUAGAAAUAUUUUACUAGUACGGCUAGUGUGGUGACGCUUACAAGCUUCUAUGUACUUAUGUAAUGUAGCAACUCAGGUGCAGAAAUAUGAUAGAAAGCUGUGUCGUGUAGAACUCUAAGUAGGUGUAGUUUUUAGUUUGACAAAUACUAAAUGACAUUUCAGUCCAGUGUUGCCAUUGUAAUUAUUAUAUUUUUUUAUUGCCAGUACCAAAAAUAAAUUAUUUUUUUUCUUUAUUCAUCCUAGUUCACUCGAAGCGCCCGUUCUUUGGAAUGAAGCCCCAAUGUUUCUGUAUUCCGUGUUCUCGAUUCACAACAUAACGAGAUCAAAGUUCAAAAAACCGUUAUAUAAAUAAUGGCAAUGACUUAUUAAUUUUUGUUAAGUGUUUUAUUUUUGUUUUGUUUAUUUUAAAUGAUUAUAAUGAAUGGCUGGACCAGUACCUUUAAUUUAUAAUCCGUCCAAUGUUUACUAACUCAUUAUUUGUUGAAUGCCUGCAUACUGUUUUAAUUAUUUUCUUAGUUGUAUAAUUGUUGACGUCACAAAUAAAGUUAUUUUUUUU